GCUGGAAUACCCAGAGACCAGUUACUGAUAACACUGGAGCCUGAGGCGGCCUCAUUAUACUGUAAACAGCUCCCCAUAGAGAAACUGAAGUCCGAGGGGGGCGUCCAGGGAUUCGGAGUCUUCUCAACGGGAAGCAAAUACCUAGUUCUGGAUUGUGGAGGAGGAACAGUAGACAUCACCGUUCAUGAAGUACAGCCCGAUCUCAACCUAAAGGAGCUGUACAAAGCUAGUGGAGGAGCGUGGGGAGGGACUCAGGUGGACGAGGCCUUCAAACAAAUGCUGCAGAAAAUAGUAGGAGCCCCUGUCAUCUCUGAGUUUGCCCGCUCACAUACAGCUGAUUAUGUGGACAUGUAUAGAGAAUUCGAAACCAAGAAACGUUCCAUUACUGGUGACCCAAAGGGCAAAAUCACCAUAAAAAUUCCAUUUUCUCUGGUGGAUACUUUCAGACGACACAGGGGAGAAUUUAACAGAGACAAUAAAGAAUACAAAGUUUUCAGGAAAAAUUACGUGGGUGGGGGACAAAUGCAGAGUAUCAGCCGAAGUGAUGAAAAGCUUUUUUGA